UUGAGAUAUAUUAUCUAUAUAAUUAAAUAUGAGAUUAUAAUAUAAUUAAAUUUCUGCUUUCCUCUCCUUGCCCCAAACCCUCUCAUCUAUGUCUCUUUGCUCCUUUUCAAAUUAAUGCCCUUUUUUUUCAUUAAUUGUUGUUCUAUACAUAUGUUUGUCUAUAUACAUAUAUCUAAGCAUAUCUGCUUAGCUGUAUAAUAUUAUAUGUGUAUAUGUUUUCAGCGAUGACCGUUUGGUAUUAGAUAAUGAGUUGGUGUGUUCUUCCUUCAAGGAGAUAUAGUGCAGUCAGUGAGAUUUCCACUAAAACCUGCCUAUCAAAUCAGAAAUGAUGGUACCCAGGACCCAGACAGCUUUUUAAGGGAUGUAGCAGGUAGAAUAAAAUAUUUAAUGCAAUAGUUGCUGGUAAUUAAGUACAGUGUGUAACCAUCAUAGACAGGUGGUUUUUUUUUUUGUAUGUUUGUUUGUGUUUUAGAAUCUGGUUUAUUAAGGUGUGUGAAUCCUGAUUAAAUGACCCUUGACCAAAGGCAUCACUAGAAACAGACCUUCUGAGUUCAUUGUUCAUAGGCACGAACACUACCUAAGAAAUCUUUUGUUGAUCUUUUUACUUGCAUUUUCUCAGUCAUGUAUGUACAGUUUCAAACAUUGUCAUUGUGAAAGUCCCCUCUGCUUUUGAAUGGAGUCCAAUUCUGUAAAUUCCUUGGAUGAGAAAAAUUGCCUACAUUGUCUCUGAACUUUGGGCUGAGUAAGCCUGUCCGCCUCAUAAAUAUAGAGAGAGGAAAUCCAGGAAGCAAGGCCCUUGGAUGACUCUUACAGUCAACACGAUGCAGAGGCUUAGGUUGUUAAAGCUCAGGAAGGUCCUGCUCUCAGGUUAAAAUAAAGCCAUUUGUUACCCACAGCCCCACCAGACCCUUAGCCAAAGCUGACUUAGCUUCAGCUCUAGAUGUGUGUCCUACUUUUUUAAAAAGGCAACUCAUUAAAACCAGUACCAGUUUACUAAAAUAGCAAGCAAUUAGUGGCUAUCACUUUGGGGGUCAGGGACUCUAAGAUUAAGUAACCAAAGCCCAUCUAAUUUUUGGUCCAUUGCUCUAGAUUUGGGAAUGCUGCUGUCCCUACCUCAGAAAGCAGUCCCUGAAAUGCCUCUGAUGCCAGUGACAUACACAACAUAUAAUGGCCACUGGGAUCGUGAUGUAAUCCGAGCAGAGAAACCUGUCAGGGAAUGCAGGGAGGGCUUAGAAAGGUGAAGAACAAGCAAGGGAGCCUGCUCUUUGCCAACAGAGCCCUGAGGUGCCCUCAGCAGGAAAACCCGUCCUGCCAUGCUGAGACUCCUACUGGAAACUUCUGAGAGGCCAUCUGUCAUUUUGACUUCUGUGGUUUACUAACUAUGCAGAUUUAAUUAAAAGUUGCAUCAAAGAGUGAAGCAAAGCAUCCCUACAGCACCAGUGGAUGAUGAAUCUGCUUCCCAGUUUGUCUUUUAUUCCCAUUCUGCAAAACACUGGAGGAUGCAUCUGUGUUUGUCAUGAGCUAAGUGUCCAGCUGAGACAUCAGUGGGAAAUGUACUGAGUUCCUUGUACAAUGAGUUCAGUGGGAGGGGAUCGUGAAGGUGAUGAUCACGUGUGACCCCAUUUUGAGGGAGUUUGUAAUUCAAGGCAGAAUACAGUAUGAUAAAUCUGAUAGCACCGAUCAGAAGGAAAGGAAUGGAUGCCUUCUUCCCUGGUGGCUUUCUGAAGAGUCAGGUGGUUACACCCACCACCACCACUUGCCCACCCACACAUACACUAUACCUGUUGUAGUGUUAUGUCAGGAUUUUAAACUGUUUUACCCAGAAGUGAGAGCCCUAACUGUUUUGCUGCAAGUCCAUUAAAAGAUUUAUUCCAGAGCCACUUGUAGUUACUGAUUUAUUUCUUGGAGAGUAUCUUAACCCCAGGAAAAAAAGAAUCCACUGUCACUAGUUUACAAAUUGAAGUAUUAAAAUCUUUAUCCACAGAUUGGUUAGAAAGAAAGGCGGGGAGCAGGCAAAAUUACACAAACAAAUAAGAAUAAUAAGAGGAAAAACCACUAGAGGCCAUUGAGGGGAUAAGAGUGCUCAGGGCCAAGAAAUCUACCCGGAAGCUGAAAUGCUGAAAUCUGCAUUUGAAAGAUACCGCUGUAUCUCCUUAGCCUAGGCAUCAGGUAUCAGCAGUUACUGAAAUUAGAAACCUGUGUGGCUGAACUGUAAUAACCUCAAAACAAUGACCCAGUAUUUGUUACUUCUAGAAGGAAAAAAAUAAAGAUGUCCCAUAUCCAAGAGGCAUUUGCUAGAAAACCCAGAAGGUAUCAACUAGGUUAACGAUUAGAGGCCUUUACUCAGUGAAGCCCAGAUGUGUUGCUGGUCGUUGCGGGAUUAGUUCAGUGAAGUGAAAUAACUACUUAGCUACUUGCUUGAAUCCAUUCUUACAACCUCUGCUGCCAGAGCACCAACCAGCCCAGGCCUGAAAGUUAACAUACAAGGUAUGGUUCCAGGUGUGGCUCCAGGUGUGACUCCAGGUGUAGCUCCACUGCAGGUGUAGCUCCAGGUGCCGCUCCAGGUGCAGCUCUUCUCGUUGCCUCUUUGGAAUUGGAAUUCCUUUUCAGUAUGUAGGUGGGUCUUGAACUCACAGCAAUCCUUUUGUCUUAGCCUCCCAAAUGCUGAAAUUCUAAGCAUUAGCCACCACUUUGGGUUUAUAACUGCUUUCUAGUUUUGUUGUGUUUGUCUGUUUGCUGUUUUGAAAAUAGGAUGAUUAUAUAGCUUUCCAUCCCCCAACUCCUGUCAGAUCUUCUCCACCCCCUCUUGCAUUCAAAUUCACACUCUCCCUUUCUCUCUCUCAUUAGAAAACAAACAGGGAUCUAAAACACAAUGAUAUAAUAAAAUAAUAAAUAAAAACAAACAAACCAGAAUAGUAUAAAAUGAACAAGCAAAACAGAAGAAAACCAGUUAAAGAAAGUGCAUGAGAAACACAUAUAGAUACAGAGGCACGCACAUCAGCACACACAGAAAUCCCAUAAAAAACCCAAAGCCAACUGGAAACUGAAAUAUAUACACAAAAGACCCUCCAAAAAUGCCAUUGAGUUUAUUUUGUGUUGGCCAUGUCCUGCUGGGCAUGGAGCCUGCUAUUAAGAGUAGUUUGUAUCCCCAGUGACUUUUGUAGAAAACUAUUUUUUUUCCUUUGUGAUAGUUAUCAAUUGUAGAUAAUUUCUGGGUUAGGAAUUGGGGCAUGUAUCUAGUUCCCCUCUCAGUGCUGAGACCUCAUCUGGCUUAGACCUGUGCAAGCUCAUGCUGUCACAGUCUCUGUACGUUUAUAUGUAUGUGGGGACCUAUCAUCUUUAAAAGUAUUUGUUUCUGUGGUAUCUUCUAUCCCUUCAGGGUCUGAGAAGAGUGGGGUUUGAUGAAAAUAUUUAGUGUGACAGCUCUGAAGGGAAGAAAACAUUCCAUUUAGGACUGAGUAUUACAACGUCUCUCACUCUCUGAACUUCGUUCUAUUGCAGGUUUCUGAAUUUGUUCCAUUUAUUAUAGGCGGGAACUUUUCUGAUGAUGGCUAAGAAAAUUAACUAUGAAUAUAGCAGAAGGUUAUUAGGAAUUAUUUUACUGCCACAUUCUUUUAGCCGAACAGAAGUAUCUGGUUUUUCCCUAAGCAAUGUUGAUUCCAUCUCAUGGAGUGGGCCUUCAGUCCAACCAGACAUUGGUUGGCUGCUCCCACAGCAUUGUGCCACCAUUGCACCAGCAUACCUUGCAGACAGGGUUUGUAGCUGGGCUGCUGUUUGCCUUUCUCCUUCGAUGGUCUACAGAAUGCCUUCCAGCACCACAAACACUAGUCAGUCUGGGUGAAGGCUCUACAUAAACACUAGCUCCACUCUCCAUUCUUUGUGUUCUUUGACUCAGAGUUAAUUUCCUCACAUCUUGUCAGCCUAAGCAAAAGACUGCAGCAGCAAAGUAUAGCCUCAAGCAUAGACUGGAAUCUCUUUCUGGCAUUAAAAUAGAUAAGGGGAAAUAUAUGAAAUUAAAUGUACUUUGGGAAUUGUAUAGCAUUCUGAUAUAUGGCUGAUUACCAGUAAUACCAAUAGAAAGAAAAACUGAGAGUUUUACUGAAUGCUCACUGUCCUUGGCAAAAUUCCAAGAUCUUAGCUCAAUUAAUUUUAACAUCAGUACUUGCUUGGUUUAUACUGCCAACUUAACAAACAUGACCUAAAGUCACCUGGGAAGAGGGAACCUUCUUCCCAGAAUAAGAGUUACCUAAAUCAGAUUGGCCUGUGACAAUGUCUGUGAGAGUUCAUCUUUAUUCAUGACUUAGCCCACUGUGGGCAGUGAUAUCCAUAGGCUGGUGGGACUGGGAUACCUGAGAAAGCCAGCUCUACCUGAGCCAGUAAGCAGCAGCCUCCAUGGCUUCUGCUCUAGGUUCCUGACCUGACUUCCCUGAAUGCUAGACUGUUACCUAGGAUUAAAAGCACAGCACACCUUUCUUUCCCUAAGUUGCAUUUUGGACAAAUAUCUUAUCACAGCGAAUGAAUGAAGCUGGAACCUUAGACAAGAGCUCUGCCUAAUUUCUUAGGUUCUUAGAAGAUGAUCAUUACUUUGUCCAAGAGAGCAUUUGAAGUUAUUAUAGAAUGGGAGUCUGAAGUUCUCAUGCUGAGAGAAAAUGUUCACACAGAACACAGCAGAUAAUGCCUUGUGGUAGACAAUUUCAUACCAUCCCAGCAGGACCAAAACGGUUGCAUCAAACAUGGAUGUAAUGAGCACACUUAAGUGUUUAUCGCUGUGGCUGGUUUACAUAUUUACUCUCCUGUUUUCCUCCCAUCUGUGCCUUUGAUGACCUACUCAAUCAAAAUAAUGGUGCCAAAUGGAUCCUAAUGGGCUUCCCCUAAGAAUUAGUGAAUCGUAAUCCUCCUCUAGAAGACAACUGCUGUCCAAAUCCAUCUCCUAGGAUUUAUUGCACGGCCAAUGUUCACGGCCACUGAGUUGGGGAUCUGCCAGAUACUCACUACUUACUCUAAUGCACUGAGGAAGCCAUGCAGGUCUCUCAUACUUGGAAGCUACAGCCGACUACACCCACCAUUGAGCUUGUUCAUUAGUCCUCAGUGUGACAGACAUAAACCUGGAAACAUCUUUCUUAUGCAUACUUGUAAACCAAGAGCUAUAAAUCAUGCAUAUGUGUGUUUUAGGUUGGGUUUUUUAUUUGCUCCAUACCGGAGAAACAUUUAUUGAAGAGCAUCUGCAAAAGAAUUGGAAUACUUGAAGAGUUCCAUAAAUACCUGCUUGGUAAAAAUAUAUGGUUAUAAUAGCUUCAAGCCAGCCCCACAUCCUGUGGUAACAAAGUGGAGGACUAUGUUAUCAGUCAGGGUUCUCUAAAGGAACCAGAUACAAUGGACAGAUACAAUGAACUAAUCUACAUAUGUGUAUGUAUGUGUGUAUUCACAUAUAUGUAUAUUUAUAUAUAUGCGUUAUAUAUACAUAUACAUUAGAGUGGCUUACAGGCUGUCAUCUGAGUAGUCCUACAGUAGCUGUCUCCUGAUGAAAAAGCCAACAAUCUGGUAGUUGUUCUGUCUACAAGAUUAGAGGUCUCAGUAGUCCUAGUCUAAUGCUGGGAUCCCAAGGAAUUGCUAGAGAGCGGCCAGUUUUCCCUCUGUGUAGGAAUCUUCAAGAAGAAGUAGGUUUUAACACAAGUAAAGGAAUGGCUCAGGAUUGAUGAACUUGUCAGUGAGAGUGAGGCCAAGCAGGCAGGAGGCAAAGGCUUCCUCCUGCUGCUCUGGUGACCCGGAAUGAGUAUGGAUCUGACCAAUAAUGAUCCAGGUUUAGGAUAGGUGUUCCAACAAAUAAAGCUCUCACAGUUGUACCUAGCUGCUUGGGUUUCAGUUAAUUCCAGACAUAGUAAAACUUGACAGCUAAGACUAGCCAUCGCAGGUCACAUUAUCCAAAAAUCCAGAAAGAGGGAAGUUGGAGGCUCCUUGUGAAGGUAUUGUGGACUUGGAAAGAGGUACCAGCAACCUGAGUUUAUUGUUUGCUUCACAAGGAAUAUUGUAGUAUAGCAUUUGGUUGUGCUUGUACAGUGGUUUACAGAAAUCUUUGUAUUAACAACAGUCUGUUACCUUUUGUUACCUGAAUCAGGUAAUAAAAUUCUUCUACCACAGGACCUCGACCAGGGCAUCACUAAUAGGCAACAGCAAAUAUGGUACCAACCAGGGGUUAGCUUCAGAAACAUGGCUAUAAUAUGCUUGGCAGAAUACUUGAAGCAUUUCAUAAAGGUGAUUACCCUACAUGAGAGUUUAAAGGAGGUAGACCCCUCAGUUUAUCAUUAAGAAGAGGUUUCUGCUAGACCUAGGUUUGCCUCCUGGCUAUACAUUCACUAGCUUAUCAGUUCACUUGAUAUCUAUCUGUGAACUAUUUUCAAAGUACUGACAGCAUUCUCAUUAAGUGAAUAGAAAAGAGGAGAGAAUGAUGUGGCGUCUGCUAUCAUGUCACCCAGUUUAAAUGUGAGGACGUAGCUAAAACAAAGGGGCAUACUGAGAUAAGUUUAAGCUGUGAGAGAAUAAAGCAAGCUAGUAGGUUAGUCAGCAGGAAAGGCAGGAGGUGACCUGAGAUGAAGAACUGCAGCUGUCCUUUCUGGCUUGAGACUUGCAUGGGUGACGGACAGGGUGGUGAGUGAGGAAGGGAACAAGUAUGGUAGCUGAAGUCUGUAUUGUCAGGGUGAUGGGCGGCCAUGUCAGAGCUCAGGAGAGGAGACGUGGUUCGAUUUAUUUACUUGAGAUUUCUCGUGUAUCUUGUGGAGCUUGAAUUACCUUGGAGUGCAACUGAAGAGGAUAUAAAAUUCAGAUGGCUAAGUGCAGGAUGGAGAUAGAGGAAGCAGACAAGUACAGCAUAGGUGAUUUAACACAAGGCAGCUAAGCCACCUCCACAGGUAUCUCCUCCUUGAGUAGCCACAGCGCCUGCCGUGUACCAGGCAGAGGCAAGGGGCAAAAGGAGCAUGGGAGGCACCUGGUUACCUUAAGGAUGGACUAAAGAGGGACCACAUGACACUUCUAAUUAUAACUGUGGACAACUUAGUCACAUGGACACCUGUCAUCAUACAAGGGACUGUAGAUAUGGACAUUAGUUAAUAGCCUACAAGGUGUCACUAUGGUCCUGAAUAGCAGAAGGAUAGCUGGCUUUCCUCUUAUCCGGUAGGUAUCUGAGAAUUUCCUUCACUACCAAGAGCUUUUCAGUGCCCAAGAUCACAUAGCAAGGGGUGUGGGGUUUCAUGAUCUCCACAACCAAUCACUUGUGCAUUGCUUACAAGUGAUCCUUAAUAUGUGCAGGAUAUCAUUCCUUAGGAAUAAUUAGGAGAUGAGUUUCUUGCCUAAGCAUGAGCUGAACAAGGGAAGCAAUAGCAUGCAAAACAAGAAGUAUAUAUAGGUAACUAAGAAAUGCUGGAGAGAGAGAGAGACAGAGAGAGAGAACGAACACAAGAACACGAGAACAUGAAAACAAGAACCUUCCCCAGGGAAGUGCACACCAACUGGUCAUCCAAAACCAAAUCAUCAUCUCCGAAAACAUACAAAGAAAUAAUAUUAUACAGCUCAAACAGGCUAUAUUUAGAAAUAUGUGUGAAUACACACAUACACACACACACACACACACACACACACACACACCACCACCACCAGCAGCAAUUUAAUAGAAAAGAGGCCAUGGAUUUGAAGAACAAAAAAGGAUAUAUGGGAGGAUCUGGAAAAAGGGAAGGAAAAGAGAAAUGUUGUGAUAACAUUAUAACCUCAAUAACAAAACAAAAAAGAUGGGUUUUAAAAUAUUGAACAUCGAAGACUCUAAUUUUAUUUCAAGAAAUCCUAUCAGAUGAGCUCUGAGAAUGGCCAAAGCCAGCACAGACAUAGGCUAUUUCAGACUGACAUGUGGUUUUUCAAAUGGCACUUCCUGUUCAAAGAAGGUAAUUAUGAGAACUCUACAAUAAGAGGCUUGGGGAAGGCUCAGUACACAAAGAUUCCUGCUUCUCUGAGAGGUAAUUGUGGAAGGGGGAACUCUACUUAUAUUUAGAUAUUGAAGGGUGAUCUAGGUCACCCUUGAGCAGGUCAUGGAGGGCUAGCAAAAGGGAGGCUAUAAUGACUAGAAAUAUUCUGUCUUUUUCCCAGUUACAAUAAAGAAUACUUAGCUUUUCCUUGGUACUUUGGGGUUCAGAAAUGAUAUGAGGCAUGUAGCAGAGCAAAUGCAGGCCUGAACCCCACAUGACGCUGGCAGACAAAUAGACACAGCCUCCAUCUUUGCAAUUGUCAAUGUCAGCAUCAGACAGAAUGCUGUGUGACAGGGGAAACCCUUUGCCUAACAAACGGUACUCACUCUCAUUGCAAUCUAAAAAACGGGAGAAGUUUACAAAUUGCAGACUUCAAGGUAUUUGAACACUCCCACUGGGUUUCUGUUAUCUGUAGUGUCCCGGAAAGAAUUGUCCUGAUCUCAGGGAGGACUGUAAUGGAGGUGUCUAUUUCUAGAAAGCUCCUGUUUGGAAAGUAUUCCUACAGUUGUCCCAGAGAGCUCUGGAUUCUAUUUUCUCCUUCUCAGAACAACAGAGCUCCCCUGCUCUCCUCUGCCUGGCAGCAUGGUGAAGUGCCCUGCAUACUUAAAUAGCUGUAAUUCAUGAAGUGCCCAAGCCUUUCCCUCAAAAUGUCUCAUGCUUGCCAUUGGAUUUAGGGCACUGUAGGUGUUUGGUGUCACUUCUGGCUUAUUCACUAGGGCACUAUAAUCAAAAUGUGGAAUACGGCUGCAUGCUUCGUACUACUGUUGCCAAAGGAUUAGCUAUGACUGUUGUACAAGCGUUUGCCUCCAUUUAACAAUGUGGUAUUUCUGCAAAUGCUUUGUGUCCAUUCACAAGGGCGAUGCUUUCAUUUGAAAAGCUGCAGUCGCCAGGGAAAAGGCUCAGUGCUCUUCCCUGAUAGGCCAGCUCUCCCUCUGCCUCCUGUUGCUAUGGUGCCCAGCAGAGUAACUUCCUUGCCCUACACAUGUAGGAGGCUCCGUCUCCAUGGAUACCCCACUCGGAGAUUGUACUCUACUGAGAGAUGAGCUGCACACACUGACUAUAUUUCUGCAAAAGACAUACCCCCAGCCUGUGGCAGAAGGCUGCUUUCAGAGACAGUGUCUGCCAUGAAAGUCUAUGGAGCUUACUUUCUUAGUAGUGAAGCAGAUUUUAGCUCCUCAAGCAGCACAGGCAGCAUCUCGGCUCCUGAGGUCCACAUGUCCACGACAGGAAACAAGCGAGCCUCUUUCUCACGCAAAGGUCCUCAUGGGCGGAGCAAUGGAGCACCAUCCCACAAGUCUGGCAGCAGCCCACCGUCCCCAAGGGAAAAAGACCUUGUGUCUAUGCUGUGCAGAAAUCCACUGAGCCCCAGUAACAUCCAUCCUAGCUACGCCCCUUCUUCUCCAAGUAGCAGCAACUCCGGCUCCUACAAAGGAAGCGAUUGUAGUCCAGUCAUGAGGAGGUCUGGACGAUAUAUGUCUUGUGGAGAAAAUCAUGGCGUCAAACCCCCAAAUCCAGAACAGUAUUUGACACCUCUGCAGCAGAAGGAGGUCACAGUGAGGCAUUUGAGGACCAAGCUGAAGGAGUCUGAGCGCCGACUCCAUGAGAGGGAAUCUGAAAUCAUGGAGCUCAAGUCUCAGCUGGCUCGGAUGAGGGAAGACUGGAUAGAGGAAGAGUGCCACAGGGUGGAGGCUCAGUUGGCGCUCAAAGAAGCCAGAAAAGAGAUUAAGCAGCUCAAACAGGUCAUUGAGACUAUGAGGAGCAGCUUGGCUGAUAAAGAUAAAGGCAUUCAGAAGUACUUUGUGGACAUAAACAUCCAAAACAAGAAACUGGAGUCUCUGCUUCAAAGCAUGGAGAUGGCGCACAAUAGUUCCCUGAGGGAUGAACUGUGUCUAGACUUCUCCUUCGAUUCCCCAGAGAAAAGCUUACCCCUAAGCAGCACAUAUGACAAGAUGGCGGACGGGUUGUCUCUGGAAGAACAGAUAACAGAGGAAGGUGCUGACAGUGAGCUUCUGGUGGGAGACAGCAUGGCCGAGGGCACAGAUCUGUUAGAUGAGAUAGUGACUGCCACCACCACAGAAUCCGGUGACCUGGAGUUUGUUCAUUCCACUCCAGGGCCACAAGCCCUCAAGCCUCUCCCCUUGGUGAGCCAGGAAGAGGGCAUUGUGGUGGUGGAGCAAGCAGUGCAGACCGAUGUGGUGCCGUUCAGCCCUGCCAUCUCAGAGCUCCUUCAGAGUGUGCUAAAGUUGCAGGACUCCUGUCCCACAAGCUCAGCAUCCCCAGAUGAAUCCGGAGCUGACUCAAUGGAAAGCUUCUCAGAAUCCAUCUCUGCCUUAAUGGUUGAUUUAACUCCAAGAAGUCCCAACUCAGCCAUCCUUCUGUCUCCUGUGGAGAUUCCAUUCAGCAAGGCAGCUACGGAAGCCCGUGCAAACCGCCUCAUGAGAGAGCUAGAUUUUGCAGCCUGCACAGAAGAAAGGUUGGACAGCAUCCUCUCGCUGUCUCAGGGAGGUGUCGUGAGGCAGUACUGGAGCAGCAGUUUCUUGGUGGAUCUACUGGCUGUGGCUGCCCCUGUGGUACCCACUGUUUUGUGGGUAUUCAGUACUCAGAGAGGGGGUACAGAUCCUGUCUACAACAUUGGAGCCCUGCUCCGGGGCUGCUGUGUGGUGGCUCUACACUCCCUACGCCGCACAGCUUUCCACAUGAAAACCUAAUUAGUCGUUACCAUGUGCCAAUGUAUCUGUGUAGCGUGGUGCCAGGUAGAGCAACCUCAGGUGGAUCAGUGGAAGUCUCUAUUGUCAUUUUUGCUCCUUGCUAUUUGAUUUGCACUAUAGUCAGUUGCAGCCUGUUCACUGUUUAAACCAGAGGUAUCUUCCAAGGCAUGGAAACCUGGUUCUGGUAGAUGUCCCACCAGAGUGGCGUAGAAAGCAUGCUUGUGCCCCUGCCGUGUUGUCUGAGGUGCCCGUUCUUAUACUAAUGGUUCAGAAAGAGAAAAUGCAGUUUGCACUUUCACCACAGCCUCUCUAAGGCUGGGCAUGUUAUCUCCUUGCUUUGCUUUGUGCUGUUUUAAAAUGUGUAAUUGUUCCAGCAUUCCAAUGGUCUUGUGCAUAGCAGGGGACUGUAACCAAAAAUAAAAAUGUAUUUGUGUAAUUAGUUCAAAGAAGACUCGAAUAGCUCUUUAUUGUCUUUCUUGGGGUUGAUAAAGUUUGAGUGUUUGGAUUUUUUUUUAAAUGUAGCUCCAAAGUCUUAAAAGGCUCAUUUGCUCUUAAACCUGUCAGUUGAUGAUACUAUGUAAAUUUACAAUGUACUAACUUAUUUUUUGCUUAUUAUAUAUAGUGGUUCUUUUUUUGGAAAUUAUUUGUACCCACACACUUCAGCAUGAAAAUAAAGAUUAGUGUUUCCAUUUAAA